GUUCGGAUGACAUCUUCCGGGUCGACUUAAAGUUCGGCGGUGCUGCAUCCACACACACAAAAAAAGACGCAGACCCCUGCAAAGGUGGAGUGCUGUGUGCCCUGCUGACCUCCUGCUGCUGUGUGUGCGUGCACCAUGGCCACACUCCUACGCGUGGUUGCGGCCGGCUGCUCGGCCCCCAUCUUCAGCGGCGCGUCCUUUUUAAAACUGCAGAGUGUCCCCACUUUCAAAACCACAUGCGUGCGAUUCUUCAGGAUCAAUCACGCUCUCGGAAGAUGUGCCAGUCCAGGAAUUCCCUACAAGCAAAUUACAGUUGGCGUCCCAAAAGAAAUUUUCCAAAAUGAGCGACGUGUGGCGUUGUCUCCUGCUGGUGUCCAGGCCCUUAUCAAACAAGGCUUCAAUGUUGUCGUGGAAACCGGCGCGGGAGAGUUUUCAAAAUUCCAAGAUGAGCAAUAUGCCCAGGCUGGGGCUUCAAUUAAAGACCUCAAAGAUGUAUUUGCAUCUGAUGUGUUGGUCAAGGUCCGUGCUCCUGUUUUCAACCCCGACCUGGGCAAACAUGAGGUGGAGCUGAUGAAGGACGCGGCCACUUUGAUCAGCUUCAUCUACCCGGCUCAGAACCCCGAGCUGAUGGACAUGCUGUCUCAGAAGAAAGCCACCGUCUUGGCUAUGGACCAAGUGCCCCGAGUCACUAUCGCUCAGGGUUAUGAUGCCCUGAGCUCCAUGGCCAAUAUUGCAGGGUACAAGGCUGUCGUGCUGGCUGCGAACAGCUUUGGGCGCUUUUUCACAGGACAAAUCACUGCGGCCGGGAAGGUGCCACCAGCCAAGGUGCUGAUCAUUGGAGGCGGGGUGGCUGGACUUGCAGCAGCCGGCAGCGCCAGAGCCAUGGGGGCCAUCGUUCGAGGCUUUGACACCAGGGCUGAUGCUUUGGACCAGUUCAAGUCUUUGGGUGCCGAGCCACUGGAGGUGGACUUCAAGGAGUCUGGAGAGGGCCAAGGUGGCUACGCAAAAGUGAUGUCAAAAGAGUUCAUUGAGGCCGAGAUGAAGCUCUUUGCCAAACAGUGUCAGGAGGUGGACAUCGUCAUCAGCACCGCACUCAUUCCCGGUAAGCGGGCCCCCAUCCUUAUCACCAAACCAAUGAUCGAGAGCAUGAAGGACGGAUCGGUGGUGGUGGACCUGGCUGCUGAGGCCGGGGGGAACAUCGAGACCACGGUGCCCGGGGAGUUGUCUGUAUACAAUGGUGUAACCCAUAUUGGGUACACAGACCUGCCCAGCCGCUUGCCCACGCAGUCAAGCACGCUGUACUCAAACAACAUCACAAAGCUGGUGCGCGCCAUCAGUCCGGACAAGGACAACUUUUACCUUGAUGUGAAGGAAGAGUUUGACUUUGGGACCAUGGACCACGUUGUCAGAGGCUCCGUUGUCAUGCAGAACGGAAAGAUCCUCUUCCCGGCACCUCCGCCCAACAACAUGCCCACCGCCGCUCCGCCGAAAACCAAGUCGGUCAAGGAGCUGGCGGCCGAGAAGACUUCCCAAAUCACUCCUUUCAGAGCGACGCUAACCUCUGCUAGCGCGUACACUGGAGGCAUGGCUACACUCUUGGGUUUGGGUCUGGCGGCUCCCAACGCCGCCUUCACGCAGAUGGUCACCACCUUCGGCUUGGCGGGCAUCGUGGGAUACCACACCGUGUGGGGCGUCACCCCCGCCCUCCACUCGCCGCUCAUGUCCGUGACCAACGCCAUCUCAGGUCUUACGGCCGUGGGUGGCCUGUCCCUAAUGGGAGGUGGUUACGCCCCAUCAAGCACUGCAGAGACACUGGCCGUGCUCGCCGCCUUCAUCUCCUCAGUCAACAUAGCUGGUGGUUUCCUGGUGACUCAGAAGAUGUUGGACAUGUUCAAGCGUCCCACCGAUCCCCCGGAGCACAACUACCUCUAUCUGCUCCCGGGCGGUUUGUUUGUGGGCGGAUACGCCGCAGCGCUGCACUCGGGAUACAACAUUGAGCAGAUGAUGUACUUGGGCUCCGGAAUGUGCUGCGUCGGCGCCUUGGCGGGUCUCUCCAAUCAGUCCACAGCCCGUCUGGGCAACGCCUUGGGGAUUAUGGGAGUGACCGGGGGCAUCGUCGCCACCCUGGGCGCGCUCAAGCCGAGUCCCGAGCUCCUGGCGCAGAUGAGCGCCGCCAUGGCCGUCGGCGGCACCGCCGGGCUGACCAUCGCUAAGCGAAUCCAGAUUACCGACCUGCCCCAGCUGGUGGCCGCCUUCCACAGUCUGGUGGGCUUGGCCGCCGUACUCACCUGCGUGGCCGAAUACAUGGUGGAGUACCCGCACUUUGCCACAGACCCCGCGGCCAAUCUCACCAAGAUCGUGGCCUACCUGGGCACCUUCAUCGGCGGGGUCACUUUCAGCGGCUCUUUGGUGGCUUACGGCAAACUGCAAGGUAUGCUGAACAGCGCCCCCUUGAUUCUCCCCGCCCGCCACGCCCUCAACGCUUCUCUGAUGGCCGGCAGCAUCGGGGGGAUGAUCCCCUACAUGCUGGACCCCAGCUACGUCACAGGCAUCACCUGCCUGGGCUCCGUCUCGGCUCUGUCGGCCAUCAUGGGAGUAACCUUAACGGCGGCCAUCGGGGGUGCCGACAUGCCGGUGGUGAUCACCGUGCUGAACAGCUACUCGGGAUGGGCCUUGUGCGCCGAGGGUUUCCUGCUCAAUAACAAUCUCCUGACCAUCGUCGGAGCCCUCAUCGGAUCUUCCGGUGCAAUUCUGUCGUACAUCAUGUGUGUGGCAAUGAACCGCUCGCUGGCCAACGUGAUCUUGGGAGGCUACGGCACGUCUUCCACAGGCACCGGGAAGCCCAUGGAGAUCACGGGGACGCACACCGAGGUCAACAUUGAUCAGACUGUGGAGAUGAUUAAAGAGGCCCAGAGCAUUAUUAUCACUCCAGGUUAUGGUCUUUGUGCUGCCAAGGCUCAGUACCCCAUCGCAGAAUUGGUGAAGAAUCUCAAAGAUGCUGGCAAGGACGUUCGGUUCGGUAUCCACCCCGUCGCCGGCCGUAUGCCCGGUCAGCUCAACGUGUUGUUGGCUGAAGCCGGCGUCCCUUACGACAUUGUCCUGGAGAUGGAGGAAAUCAAUGAAGACUUCCCUGAGACCGACUUGGUCCUAGUGAUCGGCGCCAAUGAUACUGUAAACUCCGCCGCCCAGGAAGACCCCAACUCCAUCAUCGCCGGCAUGCCCGUGCUGGAGGUCUGGAAGGCCAAGCAGGUGGUGGUGAUGAAACGCUCGCUGGGCGUGGGCUACGCCGCCGUGGACAACCCCAUCUUCUACAAGCCUAACACGGCCAUGUUGCUGGGCGACGCCAAGAAGACGUGCGACGCCCUGCAGGGCAAGGUCCGUGAGGCUCACUGAGCUGCUGUCUCCGUCAAAGUACAAUCACGCAAAAAAGGGAACCACAUCGAGACCCGGCGGCAUUGCGUCAUCUUUGCGCCAGUCCCGUCAACACUCUACAAUAAGACAAAUGGCAGCGUUUAGCGUUCAUAUGAUAUUGGUGUCGUGUUUUUUUUUAGCAUUUAGAUGAAGGAAGGGUCUGCCCUACACAUAGAGGAGAUCCCUAUUGUGGAAGAGUAUGUUACAUGUUUGAAAUCACACUUUUUAGUAAAUAGAUAAAUAAUUAGUGUUUUUUUUCCCCCAUCAAUAACCAAUAUGAUUUUUUUGUUUUUUCUGACAAUCUAUUUUUAGCAUUUAGUUUUGUUACCAGCGGGAAAAACAAGCAAUACGAUCAAAACCGUUUUCUACAAUCUUUUCUUUUACAGGUUUAUACCGUGUUGAAAAACCUUUACGGAAGCCACGGUCGCUUCUUGAAUUAUGAUUUGGGCCUCGUAGUGGACCUUAAAAAAAAACACAUCUGUAUCUGUAUUCAUGAUAAUCUGGACAACCAACAUGAGAUGUAUUUACGCCUUAGAUAAACAUGAAAAAUGUGGGGAAUAGCUUUUUAAUGGACAAUGAUGAGAUGUUGCGUCCAGAUAUUUCAGCGCACACGUGUGGGGAAGCUGUAUCUGUUUCCAACAAAUGGGUAAUCUGGCGUUUGUGUCAUUGCCUCACAGCCAGAUUGUUGAACAGUCCCCAUUUGGUUGCAAUUCAUGCCACAUCAAAGCCCUUAUUUUGACCUGUUAGUCUGAUUUUACACUGCAGGUCCAAGUGAUAAAUUUAUUUAAUCUUCCUAUUAAGAUGAAUCGUACAUAAACGUUGGAAACAAACCGUUAUUAAAGAUUAAAUCGGAAAAAAUAUUGAACUUCAAAGUGAAAUAUAACUGAACUGUACUUGGGCAGUGAUUCUUUUAUCUGCCACUAGGGGAAGUGCUACACUUUGGAAGCGGCUGAUUCAGUGCAAUUUAUUUUUCCUAAUUGCAAGCAAAAAAAAAAUAAAUCUAAUUUCUAACGUAAACCAUGCAGUGUAAAUCCAGCCUUAUUCAAAUUCGUACCAUCACAAUUAACAUCAAGUACAUCCGAGUCAAACGGUUGUACAGUGUAUAGCGCUUGACAUUAUUUUUCCUGGUUCGAGGAACAACAAGACUUUUGUAGAUGACCUGCUGAUGUGUACUAACCCCUGGGACCCUUCCACCAUUUUGACCACCAUGUUUCUUUCUACCUCUUCACACAGACACACAUGACCAAUAACGUUUCAUAUUGAUUCAUUUCCAUAUUGAUUUUAUGUAACCUUCCUCAUCUUUAGUGUGUCGAUGAACCAUCAAACCUCAGUUUGCCGCUGUCUAGUCGAGUUGUUGCUAAUAUCCAGUGUGCUAACUCAAUAUUAAAAGGUCGUUGCCCAAACCUAAACCUGAUCAAUUUAUCGAGGCCAUUUCCAAUGUACAUUCUCUGUCACCCAAAACGGAAAGUAUUUUUGUAACGUGACAUUUGUCAAGCACAGCUAUUUGGAUUAGAAGCGUGAAUGCACCAUAAUAGGAAAAUGUACUGUGAAUGUUCUUUUCCGCUUUUGUUUAUCAUAUGGAGCAUCAUCCCUAAUAAAUAAACUUGUAAUUAAAAUAGA